GAGAGGUAGAGAGAUGGAGAGACUGGCAAUUAAUUUGGUUAUUGUAAUUUGUCUGGAUUUUACGAGAGAUUAAUAGCAACUUACAUAUAUGGCCUAGCCUAAAUAUAUAAUUUGUUGUUUUUCUUCUUUUUGUGUGUGAUGGAAACACAUGUUUUGUUGUCUGCCAGAACGCAUCAUAUUGCUUUGUGUUUUGGCGAGGUCAAUGGCCGUAGGGGCAACCAUUGCCGGAAAUAUCAAUUUAAAUAUUUGUGUUAUUAACAAAUCUAUAAUGUGAUUCGAACUAUACACAAAUUUUGACAGUUUAAUAUAAUGGUGACGGCGGUACAUACCUGCCAUUUAGAUGUAAGCAAUGGAAAGCUUGAAGGCCGGCGAAGAGCUAUAUAAAAGGUUCUCUGGACAUCGUUCUCACGUUGCACGAGAUUCUUUCAAUAAAGACUGGGAGAAGUGGCAAACGCGCAACCUUAAUGUAGCACAUCACUUGGCAACCAAGUUGGACAAGCCAAUUGAUGAGAUAUCCGAUCUGAUGUACAAUAUUACGGUACAGAACUACAGUCAGAUUUUGAAUCCAAUAAGCGGUUUUGCGAACAAAUGUGAAGUGCCGUUCGCCAGCGCUGAUGCGUGUACGAAACUCCUGACUAUCUUUGACUUUGAGGGCAAUCUUCGCCAUCCAUCGGAUCCCAAGAGUCUUUUUCAACUUCUACAAUUGAUGCAGCAUAUAUCGCGGUGGGGCUCCAAUUGGGAGAAGAAACAGUCACAGAUCGAAAAACAAAUGCAGCACGGCACCGAGUCGAUAAUACCUGAACUUAGAUUGCCAUUGAGUUGUAUGAAAAAAAGCGGCAAAAGCGAGAUCAUUAUCCUGAACAAAAACAGACUCAGCCUCAACAACAACAUCAAGGACAACAACAACUAUUACAUCAACAAUGACAACAUGAGCACUAAAAAACUAUCCAAGAAGAGGAGCCACAUUAGCGUUGUCAAAAGCAUCGACAAGCAUAAUAAUCUCAAACCGCAUUCCAAAAGUAUAUUCGGUGUUAAAAAGGCUUACAAAUCAAGCAAAGUCGAAGUCAAUACAUCAAAAGCGAAAAAGGGUGCACGAUACUCUCUUUUCAAUAUGCAAGAAAUAUUAUUGAUGGAUGACAACGGACGGCGACGUGGUCUUGGAACCAUAGAUCUCGCUAUUUUAAAGUCGAAGCAAAAGUAUUUUUUGCGUUUAUUGCUAGAGAAAAACAUGAAAGAUAAUCCUGAUCAACUUCUCAAUGCCUUGAUUGAAGCAGACUUGGGAGACCCUUUAAAGGAAACAAAACCUGAUAACGCUGCCGCAGCAGAAAUAUCCAACUUCUACUCAGCUGUUGUGUCAAAGCCGGAAAGGUUUGCAAAUGUUCACUGGCAGGUGCCAAAACUAUAUCAGUUUAAAAAGGAGAACAUGCCGUUCAGUGAUCGUGUGCUCUUGCUGUACCAUGAGCCAUGGAAAGUAGCCGAAUCGAUGAGUGGCAUCCAUUGGAAUAGAUAUUACGACCUGCUGCGGAGCCAUGAGAUAAGGCACAGAACAGAACAUUUAAAUUGAAUCCAGAGUAUAUUGUAUAUAGUAUUAUAGAAUUGCCUACCUGCCUACCUACUGCCCAAUGGCAGUAGGCGUGUAAGGGGAGAGUCAAAGUAUUCGCUGCCAAUGAAACUGAUUUUAGUUUCAAAAUAAAAUUGUUCAAGUACA